AUGGACGAAGGCAAAGAGAUCCAAUCUAUUGUUUCACAACGCUCUCUCGAGGGCCAAGACGCUAAAAAGCUGACCCAAGCUCGUGAGAAAAUUGGAAGAAAAAAGAGAUGGGCAUGGCAGACUCCCGACGAUGGGUCACCCCCAGAGAUAUAUAACUGGACUUUGUAUAUGUCAGUGUUUGUUUUUGGUAUUUUGGGAUCUGCUAGAGGUUAUGAUGAGGGAAACAGUAAGUAUUGA